AUGUCUGAACGUGCUGGCGACAGCACAAAACACCCAGCUGUCGAAAAUGGUAGGAUGGCAGAGAUAAAUGAGAUUGCUGACAGUGCUGAAGUAACAGAAUUGAGUGAACGGCCAGCAAGUAACAUAGGGUGCAAUACAAUGGUAAAUACGAGGGAGAAUCCUUCGAAUUCUUAUGUCGCUGACAAGAGCGCAGCGUUGAGCUUUGCUGAGCCACUAGAGGAUGGGAUAGCUGUUGAAGUAGACAUUCGAGCUGUUGAUCCGUCAGAAGACACUUCGAAAGACCAGUCACUCGACACUAUCACAAAGAAGUCGACACAAAAAUUCAGACCACUGUCGCAACUGCGCACUGACAAGCUAAAGCGUGUUGUCACACAAAAUGUAAAUUCAACACACAACACAGCUGGCAAGGACAGGGAAAAAAAAGAGGCGCGGUCACUGAAAUUGUCUCAAAU